UAACAAUUUUUCUCUGCAGCGUUUGCUAAAUAUUUGCUUGAUUUUUCAACGAAAUCGGGAAGAAGAAAAAAAUUCCCCAUGCUUAAUUUGAAGAGUCGAAAACGUCAUCUGGGCUUCACGGAAGACCUGGAAGAUGGCGAGUUGCCGGAUGUGGAUGCAUGUGAUGUGCGACCAAUACAUCCGACACAGUCGGUACAAACGCUGGGCCAGUUCACUGAUGGCUACGACGACAACUUGUUGGGCGAUGCGGCGGAUCGGGCAAGACUGGAGUCGCUCAGCGAGCUGGAGCGAGAGAGCGAGCUGUAUGAGCGUAGCCUGAAGCGGGAGGAGCUGCUGUACAAGUGGGGCAUCAAGUGCUUCUUGCUGUCUAAAGAGAAGCACAGUGGAGCAGUGGAUAGUUCCAGUGCACUGCCAGACAUCGCAGUGGCCCUGAAGGAGCGCUCCAGCACGCGGCGCCUCAACCUGGAGGCCCAGCGCGCGGCGGACAAACGGCGCAGCGCCAUCGAUCGUCUGGUGGCGCAGCGCAACAGCAAGAAAACUAAGGAUGACUACGAAUGCAAGCACGUUACAGCUGAGGAGCAGGACCCAGAGCGAGAGCAGGAGUUGCUGCAGGAACAGCCACAGCAACGAGGGCAGGAGCCGGUUCAGCUACAGGUACAGAUGCACGAGUCUGAUCAGGCUAGGGGCGACACACCCAAGCAUGUAGAUAGCAAAAAGUUGAAGCUGAAGGCCCGAGAUGUUUACUCUGAUGAGUCAAGUGGCAGCACAGAUGAUGAGGACUACAUAGAGUCCAGCAGUCCAAACAGUGAGCCGGAGACGUUGGUCAGCUCUUUGAAGGAGCUCAGCAAGGCGCUGCUCACACGCACCCAGCUGGAGAGCUUCCUCGACAAGCCGAUCUUCGAGCAGACCGUCGUCGGCUGCUUUGUUCGCAUUAGCCUGAGCGGCAUACCCAACAACCAGCCAGCCAUCUAUCGCUUGACCCGCAUCGUGGCCGUCGAACCCAUCGAGCAGGAGUACCUGUUGGGCAAUCAUCGCACAAAGCUCAAGCUGCAGCUGCAGCAUGGCAGCCAUCUGCGCAGCUUCCAAAUGGAUGUCGUGUCCAAUCAGCCGGUGAUAAACAACGAGUUCAUCUUCUGGCUGGAUGCCUGCCAGCGCGAUGCUCAGCCCUUGCCCAGCGUGAAGAGCAUUGACAAAAAGGAAAAGGACAUCGAAAAGGCCACCAACUACGCGUUCACCGAGGGCGACGUCGAGCUGAUGGUGCAGACCAAGCGACGAGCCGGGCAGAAGCCCGUGAGCGCCGCCUACCGCAAGGUGUGCCUCAUCAUGGAGCGCGACAUGGCCGUGGACUGCAACGACGUGGAGAAGGCCAAUCAGCUGGAGAAGCAAAUCAAACAGAUUGACGAACAAUCCCUCAGCGAGCACCAGCGUGAGAAGCGAGUGCAGUAUAUGAGCCUGAAUGACACGGCCCCAGUGAGAGUACCCUUCACGGAGCCUGCUAGCAAGUCCAAGCCCAAGAAAUUCGAUUGGCAGCAAUACAUGAGGCGCAGGUACAAGAAAUUCGCUCAUCUCAACAGCCUGCAGACGCAACAGGUGCCAAGGCCUAUGGAAGAGACGAUGACAAAGGCAGCCAUAUCACCCGCUUUGCCCGCAACGCAAUCUGCAGUCAACAAACCAGUCCUAGAGCAGGUGAAGGUGGCCGAAGAGACGAACAUAGACAAAUUGGAUCUGUAUGAGCUGCACAAUUUCGAAGUCAACCUGGAUGUCAGCAAACUGAUGCAAUUCAGUGAUAUAUGCAAAGAGAUCGAAGGCAUGGCAUUAGACGUGGCCGCUGUCCAAUAGAUUAGCACGCCCAGCCUAAUCACUUCGGCACAGAAACAAUUCAGCAAAGCCAGGAACUAGUAUCAGAACCAGAACCAGAAAUUAACACAGUCAGCCCAGCCCAGCGCUCCGCCUGCCUCUGGGCAAUCACGAAAAAUUGGAAAAUUUCAAAACAGUGAACGUUUCUAAUUGCCCAACCAGGCUGAGGACCUGCCUGGACAUCGAUUGCCAAAAAUAUGAAUACAGCUCCAUCCUCUGUCUGCUGUUGCCUGUAUGUUGCCACCGCGGCAUGUCAACACUGUGUAGCCAAAGGGGGGGGGAUAGGACUACCAGCUGGUUUGGGGCCUCCAAUUCCAAUCAACCACAGCGGACACAUCAACAAUUCGUGCGCCGCCAAAAGCUUGUUCUAAUCCAAUCAAAUCUCAAAUGCGGUUGUUACCCAAUUCGGUUGGGGAGCGCACAACGCAACCGCACAGUGGCACAAAUUUCCAACUAAUGCGAAUUUAAAACUGUUUCCAACCAACGUUCAACUAAAGAAAAACAAGUUUUCACUACAUUAUUUUUGUAUUUAAUUUAAUUAUAUAUACAC